UCUCCUGUCAAGCUGCCUUGGCUUGCGGGGAAAGAUGGCGGCGUCCUCUGUGUACCGGGUCGCGGGGUGUGUUGCCGGUCGGGCCCUUCUGCGGGGGUCUCGCUCGCCGCCAGCCCUAUGGAGUUUAACAAGAAGGGGAAGUACUGCAACCUAUGCCCAAGUACUGCAUAAUAUUCCUGAGACAGAAAUCACCACUCUAGACAAUGGCUUCCGUAUUGCUUCUGAGCAGUCAAACCAACCUACUUGUACAGUGGGAGUGUGGAUUGGAGUAGGAAGCCGCUAUGAAACUGAGAAGAACAAUGGUGUUGGCAACUUCGUAGAGCACAUGGCGUUCAAGGGCACAAAGAAUCGUUCUUGUGCUGAACUGGAAAAAGAGGUGGAAAGCAUGGGUGCACAUCUCAACAGCUAUUCCUCUCGGGAGCAGACAGCCUUUUUCAUGAAAGCUUUACCAAAAGAUUUGCCUAAAGCAAUUGAGAUUCUGGCUGAUGUCGUACAGAACUGCAGCCUAGAAGAUUCUCAGAUUGAAAAACAGCGCAGUGUCAUACUUCAGGAGAUGAAAGAAAUGGAUACCUGCUUGUCCACUGUUGUCUUUGAUUACCUUCAUUCUACAGCUUACCAGGGUACUGCUUUGAGCCAGACUGUUGAAGGAACAACAGCAAAUAUAAAGCGUUUGACUCGUGCAGAUCUAGCAGAAUACAUUGAGACUCACUUCAAAGCCCCUCGUAUGGUCUUGGCAGCUGCUGGAGAUAUUAAUCAUAAAGAACUAGUGGACCUUGCCAAGCAACAUUUUGGCAAUCUUUCCUCUGAAUACAGUGAAGAUACAAUACCCGUUCUUCCACGAUGCCGCUUCACUGGGAGUGAGGUCCAAGUCAGAGAUGAUGCUUUUCCUUUGGCUCAUAUUGCUGUUGCAGUGGAAGGGCCAGGCUGGGCCAGUCCAGACAAUAUUCCCCUUCUGGUUGCUAACGCAAUCAUUGGGCGCUAUGAUCCUACCUUUGGUGGUGGUAAGAAUCAGUCUUGCAGGCUGGCUUCAAUUUUUUCUCAGACCAAGAUGUGCCAAAGAUUCCAAGCAUUCAACACUUGCUACUCUGAUACAGGUCUCUUUGGUUUCUAUUUGGCUACUGAUGCUUUGAACGUUGAAGAGGCAUUUAAUACUGCCCAGCAUGAAUGGAUACGCCUCUGUACCAGCCUGACUGAGAGUGAGAUCAAGAGAGGCAAAAACAUCCUUCGAAACACUUUGAUAGCUCAACUGGAUGGAACCACUCCUGCAUGUGAAACUAUUGGAAGUCAUGUGCUGAACUAUGGACGCCGGAUAUCUCUGGCAGAAUGGGAUGCCAGACUCUCUGAAAUUGAUGCCAGAAUGGUCCUGGACGUCUGUAAUAAAUAUAUAUAUGACAAAUGCCCGGCUGUAUCAGCAAUUGGUCCUAUUGAACAACUUCCUGACUACGUUCGUGUCCGCAGUUCUAUGCACUGGAUCCUUACCUAGGCAGUUUUAUACAGAAUGGAAAUGAGGUUAUGUGGCUAUUGAAGAGAAUCCUCUGGUCUAUUCUUGUGAGUUUCUUGUGUACUAGCAGCGAGAUGGGUCCCGUGAUUGCUGUACAAACAUUCUUCUUUAUGGUUGUGUAAGUGAUGCAUCUGAGAGUACUAAAUAAAUUAAAUUUAAGUGGA